UGACAGUGAUGUGUGCGUGUGAUCAAAACACACAUGACACAACACAUGAUACAGUGUAUUCCCAACACUGAAAAACCGUGCGUUAAAAUAACGUACAUAGUUUGAUAAAGUGUCAGUGAUAAGUUAUAAAAUUGAUAUUAAGCAUGCAACAAAUUCGUCAUAUCAAUCCAGUAUCAACAUCAUCAGAAUUGAACUCAGUAAGAGAAAUAAUAGUGCUAGAAUGUUGUCUAAUUGUUCAAAUGAUUGCUACUUGCUGUUCACCAAGAAGUCAGCAUACGUAAAUAACGAGAAAGGACCACCAGCAUCUGACAAAAAAUUCAAAUUAUUUAUAAUAAUAAUCAGUGGUAUAUUUCUAGCCUUUGUAACAACAGUAUUAUCAUCCUACUUUAGAAUCCAUUUUAAUUUUAAUUAUAUUCCAGAAAGAGAAGUAAGACGUUCAUUUUCACCAUUGCCUUCCGAAGACGCUCUACAUGUUCAAGAUGACAGUACUCUUGGCCUUCCAAUUCUCUCUGGCGAACUGCAGGAAUCGAAAUCAAAGGACGUAGCUGAUGUAUUCGAAGCAAUAGCAUCACUGCAGCUUGCUCUGGACAUGAAGUUAUCGGGGAAACGUCGAAAAGCUAUAAAACUAUUUCAACAUGCCGUCGCCCUGGCGCCCCAGCAUCCGGAUGUCUUGAACCAUUACGGAGAAUUUUUGGAGCAGAUCCAAAAUGAUAUAAUACGCGCUGAUGAGUUCUAUGUUAAAGCGCUUACUUAUGAGCCGAAUCACGAAGGCGCAUUGACAAAUAGACAGCGAACGGCCAGGGUUGUCGAGGAACUGGACAAGAGGACCUUGAGCAGAAUCGACGAGAAGCGAGACGCGCUCUCGGCGAUACCGGACAACAAUGCUGCGCUGAUAAGGGCUAAAAAGGAGGCUUACUUCCAACAUAUUUACCACACAGUGGGCAUCGAAGGCAACACGAUGAAUUUGGCACAGACCCGGGCGAUCGUUGAAACCAGGACAGCGGUUGCUGGUAAAAGUAUCGAUGAGCACAAUGAAAUAUUGGGCCUGGAUGCUGCUAUGAAGUAUAUCAAUGCGACACUAGUCAAUAGAAUAGGCUCCAUUACCAUCAAAGACAUUCUGGAGAUUCAUAGGAGAGUCCUAGGACAUGUGGAUCCUAUUGAAGGGGGCAAUUUCAGGAGGACUCAGGUCUACGUCGGUGGUCAUAUUCCGCCAGGUCCUGGGGAUAUUCAUUAUUUGAUGCAAGAAUUUGCUGACUGGCUCAAUAGUGAGCAAGCUAUUCGUAUGCAUCCUGUUAGGUAUGCAGCAUUGGCUCAUUAUAAAUUAGUACACAUUCAUCCAUUCACUGACGGCAAUGGCAGAACAUCAAGACUCCUGAUGAACACCAUUCUGAUGCAAGCCGGGUAUCCUCCAGUAAUUAUCCACAAACAAUACCGGCAUAAGUACUACGAGUAUCUACAGAUCGCCAACAGCGGUGACGUAAGACCUUUUGUCAGAUUCAUCGCCGAGUGCACCGAGCAAACCCUCGAUCUGUUCCUCUGGGCGACAACCGAAUUCUCAAAACAAGUUCCGGCUCUCAGCCAGGAGACGCUGAUGAAGGACCGCCACAGAACCAUAAUUCUCGACGACGACGGCAGUGGGGACUUUAUCGACGACUAAUUA